AUCUACGUUUCAGAAUCAGCCGCUCCGGCGGUAAAGCUCCAAGGGGCUUCCACCUCCAAGCCUUGCUCGGAAAUCGUGUGCAUUUCAGUAGGUUGAUAUCUCCCAGUUUCCUAUUAUUCUCCCGUCAACCCUUUCAGUGACCUGGACACAGAAGGUAAACAGCCCCGGAGAGAGCCUGGGUACACGAUGAACGACUUUUCCUCAGCCUCCCAAAUCCUGACAACCCACUCUUGUCGCUUCGUUACCAACCCCCUCUUCUUUUGUCCUUCCUUUUUCUUCCUUUGAUUACAUCAUUAAUCCGGCGCUUGAUGGCCUGGAAGCAAUGGUCAUUGUCACAGACGCGCUACUCCAGCGUCCCAGCAGAUGGUAUCUCGGCUGACGCGGAACUCUCCUCCAUUGCCAGAUGCAGCCUCCCAUACUGGAGGGCAUCUAAGCGCUACCGCUGGGUCGUUACCGCGGGCAUCCUCACUAACAUGUUCAUCAUUAUCCAUUUCUACAUCUAUGGCGACCCUGUUCAAACCGCAACGACUCCCCUUGCGGUUACCGAGGUGGACUGGUCUCGCUUCGCCUAUACUCAAUAUGUCACUAACAGCGCAUACCUUUGUAACUCGGUCAUGUUCUUCGAGGCGCUGCAUCGGAUUGGAAGCCGUGCCGACCGCGUAAUGAUGUAUCCUUCCACGAUGCUUCAGUCUGGGGACGAUUCUUCCAGCGACGCCCGUCUCAUUUUCAAGGCUCGGGACGAGUACAAUGCCAAACUUGUCCCCAUUACCAUUCAGUCUGGUCAUGGCACAGAUCCAACCUGGGCCGAUUCGUUCACCAAGCUCCUGGCGUUUAAUCAAACCCAGUACAGUCGAGUACUUUCUAUUGACUCUGACUCGGUGAUAUUCCAACACAUGGACGAGCUGUUCCUCCUUCCCCCGUCCCCAGUUGCGAUGCCUCGAGCGUACUGGCUGUACCCAGACAAGCAAAUUUUAUCCUCACAAGUCAUGCUCAUUCAGCCGUCUGAGGUCGAAUUUUCUCGUAUUGUAGAGAAGAUGAAAGUUGCUGGCCAAGAUGACUACGAUAUGGAGAUUGUCAACUACCUCUACCGCGACAGUGCCCUCAUCCUUCCACAUCGCCGCUACGACAUGUUAACGGCCGAGUUCCGCCAAGAUAACCACGCCAUGUAUCUCGGCUCCGACAGCGAGAUCUGGGAUCCUGUGGCUGCCUAUAACGAUGUUAAGCUUAUCCAUUUUUCUGACUGGCCGAUUUCGAAGCCCUGGUUGCAUACGCCCAAGGAACUGCUAGAUGAGUUGCAGCCCAAAUGCAGCAACACCACGUCUGGUACUAGGGAUUGCGCCUCGAGAGAUGUUUGGAAUAGUGUGUACGCGUAUUUCAGAAGGAGACGGGAGGAGAUCUGCAGCCUUGACCCCGAGCCAAAGCGACGUCGGCAAGCUUUUGGAAGAUCAUAACUAUUGAUCAUUUCUAUUUACAAGUUUAUAUAGAUAGGUGUACAGUAUAUACAGUAGGUAUAUAAGCAUUCGGGUGU